AUGAAUUUCAUUAGGAAAAAACCAUCAGCUCCUUUAGAUGAUUUAACAGAAUUAUAUAAUGAAACUGCUAAUAGAACCAUUUAUAACUUAGCAUUGGAACAAAAAAAUGAAAUCAAAAGAGCGGUCCAAGGCUGGAAGUCCUUACAUACUCAUGUUCUGUACAAAUUGGACCUGAUCAAUAAAGCUUUUGAAGGUUAUAGUUAUACUGCAGAUGAAAUUUCACUGAGAGAAGGUAUAGAAGAAUUAAAUCAAAAAGGAUUAAAACAUCUUGAAAGAGUUACUAGGCUCCAAUCACCUUAUGAUUCAUCAACACUAAGGCCCAACUUGGUUCAAAAACCAAGUAGUUCAACUUAUUCAGUACCAACUCUGAGAAGUCAUAGUCCUCAUAAUAAUAGUUCAUCAAAUUUAAAUAAUACUCAAUCACAACAACAAACUUCAAGAAUGUUGAAAACUUUAAGACCAGAUAAAGGUCAUAAAUUCAAUUCUAAAAAUAAUUACAAUACAAAACAACCAAGUUCAGAAUUAUCCAAAAUUGCUGCUACAAAAUUAUACAAUCAACCUGCUACUGUUUCAAAAUCACAAAAUUGGUCAACUUCUAAAUCAUUAACACAACAACAACAAUAUCAACAUUUUUCGAAUAGUAAUUCAUCAUCACCUUCAAAUUUCAAUAGAAAUAGUUAUCCUGAAAAUAUAUUUGAUCAAAGUUUUGAUGAUGCUGAAUUUGAUUUGAAAUUUUUGAAAAGAAAUGAUACAUUAUCACAAUUAGAAGCUAUGGGUCAACAAUCUCAAUUAUCAAGAUCCAAAACAAAUGAUGAUCAUGUUACAUCACAAUUUGAAAAAAUUAAUUUAGAUGAUUAUGAUUCACCAAGAAAUAGUUAUAAUCAAAUACGUUCAACUCCAAAUCUUAUUGAUAUAAAAUCACCAUUUGAUGAUCCAACAACAAGUGAUGAGACUUCAACAAAUUCAUCACCAAAGAAAACACCACCAGCUCCACCACCUUCACGCCCUCCAAUCCCCAAAACAACACCAUUACCUACACUAUCACCAAAACCACCAAGACCAGAACCAAUACCCAAGACAUCAACUGCAACAACUUCACAUAAGUUACCAAAUGCAUCUACGAGUGCAAGAACUGCCAUCAAACCUAAAACCCCUAUAUCACAAGCAAAGAAAGCUACACAACCAUUGAAAAGUUCGUUACCAACAAAGUCAACUCCAAGUACAGCUUCAUCAACUACAAGAAUUGGAACUAGACCCACUGCCGCUAAAGCAUCAACAACAUCUGCACCUGGUACAACAAGAAGAGUUAUACCCACAACCAAAGCUGCCGCUACUACUAGAACAACAGCUGGUACAGCAUCAGCUACCAAACCAACAGCCAAAUCUUCAACAACAACUACAACUCAAGCAGCAAGAAGAGCAGCAAAAACAACAACAAAUAAUCCCGCUGCAAACACAAGACCUCAAGGAACAAGAACUACAACAACAGCUAAACCAACAGCUAAACCAACUACUACCACAAAAGCUAAAACUUCUAUACCUAAACCUAAAUCAAGAUCAAGAUCACAAUCUCCAGUUAGAGAUGAUACCAAGGAUACUGAAACUAUCGAAUCAAAUGAAGAAUCUGAAGAAUUUGCAGAUGAAUCUCAAUUAACUGAAAAGGAAAUCCGUGAAAAAAUGGAGGAACAAAUCAUUUCAGAAAUUAGAGGUAUUGAUCAUGGUGCAGCAAAACAAAUUUUCAAUGAAAUUGUUGUUCAUGGUGAUGAAGUUCAUUGGGAUGAUAUAGCAGGUUUAGAAACUGCUAAAAAUUCAUUGAAAGAGACUGUUGUUUAUCCAUUUUUAAGACCUGAUUUAUUUUCUGGUUUAAGAGAACCUGCAAGAGGUAUGUUAUUAUUUGGUCCACCAGGUACAGGUAAAACAAUGUUGGCAAGAGCUGUUGCAACUGAAUCAAGAUCAACUUUUUUCAGUAUAAGUGCAUCAUCAUUAACUUCUAAAUUUCUUGGUGAAAGUGAAAAAUUAGUUCGUGCUUUAUUUAUGUUGGCUAAGAAAUUAUCACCUGCAAUUAUUUUCGUUGAUGAAAUUGAUUCUUUAUUAUCAUCACGUAAUGAAGGUGGUGAACAUGAAUCAUCAAGACGUAUUAAGAAUGAAUUUUUAAUUCAAUGGAGUGAUUUAACUCAUGCUGCAGCUGGGAAAGAUACAGGUGAAGAUUUACAAAGAGUUUUAGUUUUAGCUGCAACAAAUUUACCAUGGGCAAUUGAUGAAGCUGCAAGAAGAAGAUUUGUACGUCGUCAAUAUAUUCCAUUACCAGAACCUGAAACAAGACAAGCACAAAUUAUUAAAUUAUUGGCACAUCAAAAACAUACAUUGGAUGAGAAAGAUCAAUUAAAAUUAGUUGAAAUGCUUGAUGGGUUUUCUGGUAGUGAUAUUACAGCAUUAGCAAAAGAUGCUGCAAUGGGACCUUUAAGAUCAUUAGGUGAUAAAUUAUUAUCUACUUCAAGAGAUGAAAUUCGGCCAAUAAACUUGGAAGAUUUUAUAAAUUCUUUGAAAUAUAUUAGACCAAGUGUAUCAAAAGAAAAUUUAGGUGAAUUUGAAGAUUGGGCUUCAAAAUAUGGGUCAUCAGGUGUUUAG